AUGACGACCAUUCCCCCCGCCGCCGCCGCCGCCGCCACCCCAAACCCCAAAAUCCUAACCCGCCAACCCCUCAAAGCAAUCUACAUCCUCACCUCCCUCAUCUUCGAAACCCUCAUCCGGCUCCCCCUCUGCGCGCUCCUCUACUGCCUCCUUCCCUCCCUCACGCGCCCAGACCCGCGCUGGACGUGGCGGCAGGCGAUCGGCGUGCGGCUGCUGCGCGCCAUCGUGCAGCACAGCGCCGCGGUGGAAGGCGUGUCGCGCGUCCCGCUUUCGCUGGCGCCGGGCGCCGAGGGCGAGCGCUUCGAGGUGAUGGAGCCGGCCGAGGCGUCUGCGUACCGCGGGCCGCUGCAGGACGACGACGACGACGGCGAUCAGACGCGUCCGGCCAGGAUCGGGGGGACGUGGUACGCGGAGCGGUAUUGCGGCGACGAAGGUGAAGAGGGAGAAGAAAAAAAGAGCAACAACACCAAAGCGAUCGUCCUCCACCUCCACGGCGGCGCCUUCGUCCUCGGCGACGGCCGCGAAAACGACUGCGGCGCGCUCGCCCGCACCAUGCUCCGCCAAUGCCACUCAUCCAUCUCCCACGUCUUCUGCCCGCAAUACCGCCUCGCCGGGGCGUCGUCGUCGUCGUCGCCCGGCGGCGACGCGCGCUACCCGGCCGCGCUGCAGGACGCGCUGACGGCGUACCUGCACCUGCGGCGGCGCCACCGCAUCCCCGCGUCGCGCAUCGUCCUCUCGGGCGACAGCGCGGGCGGCAACAUCGUCAACGCCCUGCUGCGGUACAUCGCGACGUACCGCGACGACGGCAUCGACGGCCUGGAGGAGGACGAGGCUCCCGCGUGCGCCUGGCUGUGGUCGCCGUGGACGAGCCCCGCGCAGGCGCUGGAUGCCGGGCGGGUGGCGCUGUCGCCGAACCGCGACUCCGACUACGUGCCCGAGGCGUUCGGCGCGUGGGGUUGCCGCGCGUACGCCGGGCACCGCGACGGUCUUGUGAAUGAUUCGUGGAUAUCCGUCGUUGCGGCGGAUGCGUUCCCCUCGCCUGCGCCCGUGUGGGUGCAGACGGGCGGGCGGGAGCUGCUGUUCCACGACAAUGUCGAGUUCUUUGAGGGUUUGAGGAAGGUGAAUGAAGGGAAGGGGAAGGGCGGCCAGCCGUGCGAGCUCGAGAUUGUGCCGCACGCGCCGCACGAUAUCGCGUUGUUGGGCCAUAUCCUCGGGUUUUCCAAGGAGUAUGAGGGGGCGUUGGAGAAGGCCGAGGCGUUCUUCCAGAGAGUCAGGAAAUGA